ACUAACCUCUGCCUCUCUUUGCGACUCCCUCUCCUCUCCCUACCGUGCUCACCCCCUCACCUCACCUCCCUUCCUCCCUCGCUCCCUCCCUCUCCGGUCUCAGUCUCUGCUCGCGCGCCGUGCUGUGCGGACCUACCGACCAUCUCUCUUCGCUGCUCCUCUAAUUCUCUCCCUCUCCGUUCCUGUCCUCCGCUCCUCUCUGCUAUGACAGCUCACACCAGCGGCGUGUUGUCCGACCUCAGACCGCCGAACGGCCACCGGUCGUCCUGUCCAGACACGAACAUGGACGUGCGCGUGAGGGACAUUCGUGAUUGAUCUCCAGUUGCAGUUUAUUUUUAAUUUUUCUUUUUUCUUUUUCUUUUCUUGUUGGUAUAAAAACGCAAGAAAAAAGAGGAGGGGGGCUGCCUUCCUCUUUGAACCCCCCCUCCGCUUCUUUAAGCCAAGCAGAGCGGCAAGGUGGGGAGAGGACUUUUAGAUUCAGCCAGCUUGGAUUUACUAAAUAGCGAAAUGACGGAUUUGGGAGCGCCGGGGCUGCUGCUGGUGCCGAGGAGGAGGCUGAACGCGAAGAAAACGGGAGGGCUGAGACGCGACCUCCCGCUUCUCCUCCUGCUGGGAAUUCUCGUGGGGAAUUUCUUCCCGUCCAAAGCUGAAUCCUGUGGAGGUGUAGUCCAAGGCCUGAACGGCACCAUAGAGUCUCCUGGUUUUCCCCACGGCUAUCCCAACUACGCCAACUGUACGUGGCUGAUAAUAACAGGGGAGAGGAACCGAAUCCAGCUAAACUUCGUUACACUGGCACUGGAGGAAGACUUUGAUAUUGUAUCAGUUUACGAUGGACAGCCGUCACCUGGCAACUUGAAAAUGAGGUUGUCGGGAUUCAUGCUGCCCUCGCCUAUAGUCAGCACCGGAUCCAUACUAGCCUUGUGGUUUACGACGGACUUUGCAGUGAGCGCGCAGGGCUUCAAAGCUGUAUACGAAGUCCUACCCAGCCAUACAUGUGGCACCCCCGGCCUUAUUCCAAAUGGAGUCAUUCACGGUUCGCAGUACAACAUGGGAGACAAGAUCCGGUACAGCUGUGAGUCGGGUUUUGUGCUGGAAGGGCACAGUAUCCUCACAUGUAUUGUGUCACCAGGCAGUGGAGCACAGUGGGACUUCCCUUCACCUUUUUGUCGGGCGGAUGGAGCGUGUGGGGGAACGUUACGGGGCACCGCCGGUUCAAUCACCAGUCCCGGGUAUCCAGCAGAGUACGACAACAACCUGGAUUGCACAUGGUCAAUCCUCGCUGAACCCGGGGACACGAUAGCACUAAUCUUUAACGACUUCCUAUUAGAAGACAAAUAUGACUUCCUAGAAAUCAGCGGGACGGAAGCACCAAGCAUCUGGCUGACUGGUACAACUCUGCCCUCACCGGUGAUAUCCAAUAAGAACUGGCUGCGGAUACACUUCACCUCAGACAGCAAUCAUAGAAGGAAAGGAUUCAGUGCUCAAUAUCAAGUGAAAAAAGCUAUAGAGUUGAAGUCCAGAGGGGUGAAGAUGAUGCCCAGUAAAGACUCCAGUCACAAAAACGCUGUCUUGAGUCAGAGUGGUCUUGCUGGUGACGUCUGUCCAGAUCCCGGAGUUCCUGAAAAUGGCAAAAGAAUGGGCUCUGUUUUCCAAAUUGGUUCCAGUGUCCAGUUCAGCUGUGAUGACAGCUAUGUUCUGCACGGAUCUAAAAGUAUCACCUGCCAACGAGUCACUGACACACUGGCUGCUUGGAGUGACCACAGACCCAUCUGCAGAACUCGGACCUGUGGCAGCAAUCUAAGGGGGCCCAAAGGGGUCAUAACGUCUCCUAACUACCCUGUUCAGUAUGAGAACAACGCACACUGUGUGUGGGUCAUAACUGCAAUGGACUCUGAGAAGGUUAUAAAGCUGUCCUUUGAAGAGUUUGAUCUGGAGAGAGGAUAUGACACACUGACUGUGGGAGAUGGUGGGAAGAUAGGAGAUACGAGGAGGGUACUAUAUGUACUCACAGGCACCAGUGUCCCCGACCUCAUCGUGAGUUUGUCCAAUCAGAUGUGGCUACACCUGCAGUCAGACGACACUAUCGGUUCUGCAGGGUUCAAGGCAAUAUAUGAAGAGAUCGACAGAGGAAGCUGCGGCGAUCCCGGGGUGCCGGCGUUUGGUCGUCGUAGCGGUGAUCGCUUUCAGCAUGGUGAUGUGUUGACCUUCUUCUGCCAGUCAGCUUUUGAACUCGUAGGAGAAAAAACCAUCACAUGUCAACACAACAACCAGUGGUCUGGAAACAAACCCAGUUGUGUCUUUUCCUGUUUCUUCAACUUUACGGCUCCAUCAGGGACAGUAUUAUCCCCAAACUACCCAGAGGAGUACGGGAACAACCUGAACUGUGUGUGGUUGAUUAUCUCUGAACCAGGGAGCCGCAUACACCUCUUCUUCUCUGACUUUGACCUUGAGCCACAGUUUGAUUGGUUGGUGGUCAAAGAUGAAGGUCUGUCUGAACCAGCCACAUUCGGAACAUUCUCAGGAAAAGAUGUCCCCUCGCAGAUCGCCUCGAAUGGACACAUUAUGAGGCUGGAGUUCCAGUCUGACCACUCUAAUACUGGAAAAGGCUUUAAUAUCAGCUACACCACAUUUGGUCAGAAUGAAUGUCACGACCCAGGGGUUCCAGUCAAUGGACAAAGGUAUGGCGACCAGUUUCAGCUUGGAAGCUCAGUGGCUUUUCGCUGUGACCAAGGAUUCAUCAGGACUCAGGGGUCGGAUCAAAUCACAUGUAUCAUUCAGGAUGGAAACGUUGUCUGGUCUGCAGCUGUGCCUCGCUGUGAAGCUCCCUGCGGAGGCCAUCUCACAGCUUCUACCGGUGUUGUUCUGUCUCCUGGUUGGCCCUCCUUUUAUAAGGAUUCUCUCAACUGUCAGUGGGUGAUUGAGGCACAACCAGAUCAUGCAGUAAAAAUACACUUUGACAAGUUUCAGACAGAAGUAAAUUACGACACUUUGGAGAUCAGGGAUGGCCCCUCAGCCUCCUCCCCUCUAAUCGGAGAGUACCAUGGCACCCAAGCACCUCAUUUCCUGAUUUCCACAUCCAACUUCCUGUUCCUGUUGUUUACCACAGACAACAGCCGCUCCUCCACAGGCUUCAGCAUCAGAUAUGAAAGUGUGAAAAUGGAGUCAGAUGCAUGUCUCGAUCCUGGUAUCCCAGUGAACGGUCGUCGCCAUGGCGGCAGCUUUGCCAUUGGUUCUCAAGCCUCGUUUACGUGUGAUGCUGGAUACACACUUAGUGACCAGGAGCCGAUUGUGUGUGAUCAGAAUCAUCAGUGGAGUCAUGCACUUCCUAGUUGUGAUGCUCUUUGUGGAGGCUAUGUUUUUGGUAAAACUGGGACAAUUCUCUCACCUGGUUUUCCUGAUUUCUACCCAAACUCCCUGAACUGCACUUGGACUAUAGAGGUGUCUCAUGGGAAAGGUGUCCAUCUGGUCUUCCACACUUUCCAUCUGGAGGAGAACCAUGACUACUUGACCAUUACCGAAGAUGGCAACUUCCUGGUUCCAGUGGCUCACCUUACUGGCUCAGUGCUUCCCCCUGGUGUUAAAGCGGGUCUCUACGGAAACUUCAGCGUGCAGCUACGAUUUAUAUCCGAUUUUUCCAUGAGUUACGAAGGCUUUAACAUUACAUUCUCAGAGUACGACUUGGAGUCAUGUGAAGAUCCUGGUGUUCCGGCAUUCAGCAGGAGGAUGGGGUUCAGAUUUGGAGUUGGGGACUCGUUGGCCUUCUCUUGUUUCCAAGGCUACAGGCUUGAGGGAAACAGUAAGAUCACUUGUCUGGGAGGUGGCAGGCGAGUGUGGAGCAACACGCUACCACGAUGCAUAGCUGAGUGUGGAGCUUCCGCACGAGGACCAGCCGGUAUUCUUCUCUCUCCAAAUUUCCCCUCCAACUACGAUAACAACCAUGAGUGCAUCUACCGCAUCACCACUGAAAAGGGCAAAGGAAUCAGGCUGAAAGCCGAGAGCUUCUUUCUGCAAGAUGGAGACUAUCUAAAGGUCUAUGACGGAGAGAAUACAUCAUCCCGUCUCCUUGGCAACUUUACACUUGAUGGUAUGUUGGGUCGUGUCAUCAACAGCACAUCCAAUCACCUUUGGCUGGAGUUCAACAGCAAUGCCUCUGGAACCAAUCAGGGCUUCCGCCUCACAUACACAAGUUUCGACCUAGUACGCUGCGAGGAGCCUGGAGUCCCCAGUUAUGGAUACAAGAUCCAGGAUGACGGUCAUUACGCCAGCACGUUUGUCCUGUACUCUUGCAACCCCGGAUACAGCCUCCAUGGCAGCAGCACACUGACCUGUCUCAGUGGUGACAGACGAGUCUGGGACAAACCGCUCCCUUCCUGUAUUGCUGAAUGUGGAGGUCACAUAACUGGAGCGGUGUCCGGGCGGAUUCUGUCACCUGGAUAUCCCGCUCCAUAUGACAACAACCUCCACUGUACCUGGACUAUAGAGGCUGAUACAGGCAAGACCAUCAGCCUCCACUUCAUCGUCUUUGACACCGAGGUUGGCCAUGACAUUCUGAGAGUUUGGGACGGUCCAUCUGGACCAUCUGAUGGUGGGAUUCUAUUGAAGGAGUGGUCUGGCCCAGCCUUGCCGGAAGAUAUCCACUCAACUUUCAACAUACUGACUCUGCAGUUUGAUUCUGACUAUUUUAUAAGCAAGCAAGGAUUUUCCAUUCAGUUUUCCACGACAACUGCGACUUCCUGCAAUGACCCAGGCAUCCCUGUAAAUGGUUCUCGGUAUGGGGACAGUAAGGAGCCUGGUGACAGCAUGACGUUCCAGUGUGACCCAGGCUAUCAGCUGCAGGGCCAAGACACCAUCACAUGUGUGCAGAUGGAUAACAGGUUCUACUGGCAGCCUGAACCUCCAACAUGUUUGGCAACAUGCGGGGGCAAUGUCAGCGGUCCUUCUGGUGUGAUUCUGUCUCCUAAUUACCCCCAGCCUUACCCCCCUGGGAAAGAGUGCGACUGGAGGGUUAGAGUCAACCCGGACUUUGUCAUUGCGCUCAUCUUCAAAAGUUUCAACAUGGAGCCAAGUUACGACUUCCUGCAUAUCUAUGAGGGUGAAGACUCAAACGGACCUCUAUUAGCAAGUCUCCAAGGCAACCAGGCCCCGGAGCGGAUCGAGAGCAGCAGCAACAGUCUCUUCCUGGCGUUCAGGUCCGAUGCCUCACUGGGCUUGUCUGGAUUCGCCAUUGAAUAUAGAGAAAAACCAAGAGAGGCAUGUUUUGACCCCGGUAACAUUAUGAAUGCCAGCCGGACAGGCUAUGACUACAAACUAGGAUCCCAGGUCUCCUAUAGCUGUCACCAUGGUUACACAAUCCUGGGUACAGACACCAUCACCUGUGUUAUGGGACCCGAUGGAAAACCAGUAUGGGACAGGGUGCUGCCAUCAUGUAAAGCUCCAUGUGGCGGACAGUAUGGUGGAUCAGAAGGUGUUGUUUUGUCUCCAAACUUUCCUCUAAACUACACCACAAGACAGUCUUGUUCCUACUACAUCACUGUGUCCCCACAGUUUGUGGUGUUUGGUCAGUUUGCUGUUUUCCAAACAGCGAUGAAUGACUCAGUGGAACUGUUUGAUGGAGCAAAUGAAAAUGCUCGAUUGCUCAGCUCCUUAGCUGGGUCACAUUCAGGAGAGACUUUUCCUCUAGCAACUUCCAAUCAGAUCAUGCUCCGGUUCAUUGCCAAGAGCGGUCAGUCGGCUAAAGGCUUUCAUUUUGUCUACCAAGCUGUGCCUCGGACAAGCGACAGUCAGUGCAGCUCAGUUCCAGAGCCUCGGUAUGGCAGACGGAUUGGUUCAGAGUUCUCGGUGGGCUCUGUUGUACGUUUUGAGUGCAGUCCAGGUUAUCUGCUGAAAGGAUCCAACGCCAUUCGAUGCCAGGCUGUCCCAGGUGCUCUUGCGCAGUGGAAUUCAACCACGCCAAACUGUAUAGUUCCCUGCAGUGGCAAUUUGACUGAACGUCGGGGUACUAUUUUGUCCCCUGGCUACCCUGAACCUUAUCCAAAUGGGCUAAACUGUCUGUGGAGAAUCCAUGUCAGUGAAGGAGCAGGGAUACAGAUCCAAGUCAUUACAUUUGCAACUGAGCACAACUGGGACUCCUUGGAGAUUUACGAUGGAGGUGACAUGACGGCUCCAAAGUUGGGCUCAUUCUCUGGGACAACAGCUCCCGCUCUUCUGAACUCAACGUCCAAUCAGCUGCUUUUGCACUUCCAGAGCGACAUCAGCGUAGUGGCAGCAGGAUUUCACCUGGAAUACAAAACGGUUGGCCUAACCACUUGUCCAGAACCAAUGAUCCCAGCCAAUGGCAUUAAAGCAGGUGACAGAUAUAUGGUCAAUGAGGUGGUGGCCUUCAGCUGUGAAGAUGGGUAUGCUUUGCAGGGUCACUCCCACAUCUCCUGCAUGCCUGGGACUGUGCGUCGCUGGAACUACCCACCGCCUCUAUGCAUCGCCCGAUGUGGAGGAAUUCUGUCUGAGAUGAGCGGUGUCAUCCUUAGUCCAGGUUUCCCUGGCAACUACCCUGGCAACCUGGACUGCACCUGGCAAAUCACCCUGCCAGCUGGAUAUGGAGCUCAUAUUCAAUUCCAGAACUUCUCUUCAGAGGAUAACCAUGACUUUCUAGAGGUCAGGGCUGGGCCACAGCACAGCUCUGCUCUCAUUGGUCAGUUUAGUGGCUCACAGAUUCCACCUGCCUUGAUGAGCACCACCCACCUGACAAUCAUCCACUUCUACAGCGACCACUCAGAGAACAGGCCAGGCUUCAAACUGACCUAUCAAGCUUAUCAGCUGCAAAACUGCCAAGACCCUGCUCCUUUUCCCAAUGGUGACAUAAUCAGAAGUGAAUACAGUGCUGGCCAGUCAGUAACUUUUCAAUGCUACGCUGGUUACGUGUUGGUCGGACACACUGUGCUGACAUGUCUACAUGGAACAAAUCGGAAGUGGAAUCACCCAUUUCCCCGCUGUGAGGCUCCUUGUGGAUAUAAUGUUACGGCUGAAAACGGGACCAUCUAUUCACCUCAGUACCCAAAUGAAUACCCAAACUCUCAAGACUGCAGCUGGUUCAUCACCGUCCCCCAUGGACACGGGGUUUACAUCAACUUUACUCUACUGCAGACAGAGCCCGUCACAGAUUACAUCGCUGUCUGGGAUGGUGCAGAUACGUCUAGCCCUCAGCUGGGAGUCUUCAGUGGGAAUACGGCUUUAGAAUCGGCCUACAGCACCAGCCCAAUGGUUCUGAUUCGCUUUCACUCGGACUUCUCAACUGGAGGGUUGUUUAUCCUCAACUUCCAUGCUUACCGUCUAAAGAGAUGCCCUAUACCUCCUGUUGUGGAUAACGCAGAGCUGGUUUAUGAAGAUGAAGACUUUCUCAUAGGUGACAUUGUAAAAUAUCGCUGCUUACCUGGAUAUACACUCGUUGGAAAAGCAGAGAUCAUGUGUAAACUGAAUUCCCACUUACUCUUUGAAGCGCCGCCUCCAAAAUGUGAAGCCCAGUGCCCAGCCAACGAGGAGCGGUUUUCCUCAUCAGGGGUCAUACUGAGUCCUGGGUUUCCUGGCAACUAUCCCAACAGUCAGACGUGCUCCUGGCUUCUACGUAUGAUUCCAGGUUACACCAUCAGCAUCUAUGUGGAGAUGUUCCACAGCGAGAAGCAGUUUGAUGAGCUUGAGAUAUUUGAUGGAUCCUCGGGACAAAGUCCGCUGCUUGUUGCUUUAAGUGGCAACCACUCAUCUCAGCUGAACUUCACGUCUAAAACAAACCAGCUCUAUCUACGAUGGUCCACCGACCACGCAACAAACAAGAGAGGAUUCAAAAUUCGAUACUCAGCAUCAUACUGCAGCAUCAACGAUCCUCCUCUGAAUGGUGGGAUGGUCAACCGAACCAAGCUGCACCCAGGUAGCAGACUUCAGUUCUUCUGUAACCGUGGUUACCAUCUGGUUGGUUCAAGAAAUUCCACCUGUAGGCUUGAUUCCAAUGGGCUUUAUCAGUGGGAUACACCAUCACCAUUUUGUCAGCCUAUCUCGUGCGGAUUACCUUUGACACCAGGCAAUGGCAGCUUCCAUGCUCACCACUAUACUGUUGGCAGCCAAGUUACCUACCAAUGUAACCAUGGCUACCAUCUUGACCCAAAUGUUCCAAUGACAGCUGUGUGCCUGGAGGACGGAAGCUGGAGUAAUGCUGGUUCAAUGCCCAAAUGUCAGCCUGUGCACUGCCCCAGUAUGGAAGGCAUCUUGUCAGAUCACAUGAUCUACCGCUUGCUCUCUGGUAACAUGGCAGAGUUUGGUUCUGUGGUGAUGCUGGAGUGUUCAACAGGGUUUUAUUUGAGUGUUGGCCAUCAAACUCUUCGCUGUCUUGCCAAUGGUACCUGGGAGGGGUCAGAUGACCCAGCUACUUGCAAGAUGAUCUCCUGUGGGGAACUUCCUUCUCCACCCUUUGGUACCAAAUUGGGGACACUGACUACAUUUGGAGCGACUGCAAUCUUUAUGUGUAACCAUGGUUACACUCUGGUGGGGUCCCAUGUCCGAGAAUGUGGUGCGGAUGGGCUGUGGAGUGGUGCAGAAACAAGAUGUUUGGCUGGUCACUGUGACUCUCCAGAUCCUAUAGUCAACGGCCACAUCAGUGGAGAUGGAUCUAGUUACCGCGACACCGUGGUUUACCAGUGCAUGCUGGGAUACAGGCUAAUUGGAACAUCUGUCCGAAUCUGCCAGCAGGACCAUCGAUGGUCUGGAACAACACCUGUCUGUGUUCCCAUCACUUGUGGUCACCCAGGAAACCCCGCCAAUGGACGGACCAAUGGCAGCGAGUUCAACCUCAACGACGUUGUCAACUUCACGUGUAAUAAAGGUUACAUCCUCAGUGGGAACGCUCGCGCUCAGUGCCGACUCAACGGACAGUGGAGCAGCCCGUUACCUGUCUGCAAAGUGGUGAACUGUUCAGACCCUGGCCAUGUGGAGAAUGGUGUUCGGCAGUCCGGUCUGCGUUAUCCAGAAGUCUUCAGCUAUGGUGUGACUGUGGCAAUCCACUGCAAACGAGGUUUCUAUCUUCUGGGUUCUGCAGUCCUCACGUGCCAGCAUAAUGGGCUGUGGGAUCGACCAAUCCCUCGAUGCUUAGCCAUUUCCUGCGGUGACCCCGGUGUACCACCCAACACGGUAGUAUCUGGAACCCAGAGCUGGACUUAUGGAUCAGUGCUGCAGUACUCCUGUCUGCCUGGUGGGGUCCUUGUGGGCAACACCACUCGCCACUGCCAGGAGGAUGGCACAUGGAGUGGAGCGCCACCCUACUGCACUGGUGUCGUUUCUGGAAUAUGUGGAGAUCCUGGGACUCCUCCCCAUGGUGUCCGUUUAGGAGGUGAAGAUUUCAAAACCAAGAGCCUUCUGCGUUUUAGCUGCGAGGCAGGAUAUAAUCUGAUUGGCUCAGCGGAGAGGACGUGCCUUCACAACGGAAGCUGGAGUGGGACACAGCCUGUGUGUCAAGCUGUAUCCUGUGGAAAUCCAGGAACUCCCACACAUGGCAGAAUUGUCUUCAGCGAUGGUAUCACCUUUGGCAGCUCUGUGGCUUAUGCAUGUUGGGAGGGAUUCAAAACAUCUGGCCUGACCACCAGGCAUUGCACAACAAAUGGGACAUGGACUGGUCAGCCCCCAGAUUGUGUUGUGAUCAGCUGUGGAGACCCUGGCCCAGUGGCCAAUGGUAUUUAUCUUGGAAGUGAGUUUACCUUCAACCAUACCGUGACCUAUCGCUGUAACCCUGGACACUCGAUGGAGUUGCCCAGACCUGGAUUCAGUAUUCUGCACUGCUCUAAAGAUGGGACCUGGAACCAAACCAAACCCAGCUGUAAAGUAAUCGAGUGUGGACCGGCUCCCCAGGUGAUUUAUGGGAAAGUGGAGGGGACAGACCACUCCUGGGGGUCCAGUGUGAGCUACAGCUGUGUUGAUGGUUAUCAGUUGUCCACCCCUGCUGUGUUAACCUGCGAAGGGAAUGGAACGUGGGCUGGAGAUGUUCCACAGUGUCUGCCUGUCCUCUGUGGUGAUCCUGGUUCUCCUGGAGGAGGAUUCAGAAAGGGCAACAUCUUCUCUUACCGGUCAGAGGUCAGAUUCGACUGCCAUGCUCCGUACGUGCUGGUGGGCUCUGCCUCAAGAGUGUGUGAGGCAGACGGGAGUUGGAGUGGCCAACAGCCAACCUGUAUAGACCCAGCCUUCAACAGUUGUCGUGACCCAGGAACUCCAGCCUAUGGGAUCCCUGUCAUGGCUCAGGGAUUUCAGGUUGGCAGUAAGAUUUCCUUCAAGUGCCGCAAAAACUACCACAUCCUUGGUUCGACAACAAGAACGUGUCUCGAAAACCUAACUUGGAGCGGGACUCAACCCGAGUGCAUAGCCCAUUCAUGCAGACAACCAGAGACGCCAAGUAACGUGGACGUCCGAGCUAUGGACCUGCCGACAUUGGGAUAUACUCUGAUUUACACGUGUCAGCAAGGUUUUUAUCUGUCUGGAGGAUCGGAGCACAGAACCUGCAAAAGUGAUGGAAGAUGGUCAGGAAAGCCACCGCUAUGUAAAGUUGGAGUGAAAGUGAAUCCCAGGGGCAGAGGAGAGUCAGCUGUAGAGAAAAACAAGAUCCGUGUUCCAGUGGAUGUCUUCUCUUCAAACUCUGAAUGGAGUGGUUUUUACGAGUAUUUAGGGAAGAGGCAGGCCACCACCUUUACAGUUACUGGGUUCAAUGCCACCAGUGGUCGUGUUAACGUGACUUUACUGGAAACCAGCGGGGUGUCCAUCAGGCUGUCAGGUACCUAUAAGUCAGAGGAGAACCAGCUGCUGUUGAAGGUUUACCAGGUGAAGGGGCCAACAGAGUACUACUACAGCAAGUUUAAAAACGACAACUGGGCCAUGGAUGGAUAUGUAACAUCGGAAUCAGACCAGACCUUUGUCUACCAAGGGCACAUUCAUAGUAAAGACUUUGGCAAGUUUCAUCUGACAAAGCAAGGUCCUGUAACUACGGCAAUGGACCCAUCAAACGUCUACACAAACAGCAGCUCUGUGGCAGCAGCCAUCCUAGUUCCUUUCUUUGCCCUCAUUCUCUCUGGGUUUGCCUUCUACCUCUACAAGCACAGGACAUUGUCUGCUGACACAGAUGACAAUGAGAGACCAAAAAACACCUGGGGGCCUGGCGGCAGAACACGCCCAAAGGUCCAGUUCAAUGGUUAUGUUGGCCAUGAGAGCUCCAAUGGCCAGGCAUCAUUUGAAAAUCCAAUGUACGACACCAACAUGAAGCCCACAGAGGCUAAGGCGGUUCGAUUUGAUACCACCCUGAACACAGUCUGCACCGUGGUGUAGUACAGCUCACCUGUCAUUACACCUAAAAUGGCUCAAUCUCCAUGUUGCCAUCAGCAGUGCGGUGGAACUGAACAAAGGAGAGCAAACGUAUUUAAGAUUUGGACCUGUCACCAUGAGCAGCCUUUGUGCAACACGCUGGUCUCCUGGCAGCGAUUUGCUCACAGCAUUGCAGCUCUUCUCCAUUUCCUUCUAUAGCAAUGGUGUUAUUCAACUUUACGAGGGAGGAAAAGACAACAUUCACAAAAAUGUCUUAAACCAGUGAGACAUUGGCCCCAUCAAGUAACACAUUAUUUUCCCCAAGAGAUUGUUUAUUCUGGGGUGAUAAUUAAUAAUUGUUGGAGUUUAGGCAAUAAGAAGGCCACAUGGUAACUUAACUAAACCCAACUUUAAAAAGUUCUACAUACUCAUUAAACUAUUUAGUACUUUUGAAAUCAUUAGGACCUCUGAAACCUCACCAACUAAGCAGCAAUUUCUCCCAAAAUGAUUUCUAUAUUUAAACAUAAACCAUCGUUGUACGGGACCAAAAUGUUACUACUGGCCUUUCACCGCUCUGAAUUUGACAGAACAGAACUUCCUGACACAGCAGGAUUUUCCGGAAUCAGUUUUGUUGGAAACUAUCAUUGGUUGGAUGGUCUGCUGUGAAGCUUAAAACCAAACACAGUCAUAAGAUCAACCAGACCAUUUGCUAUGAAGAUAAUAACUGAAUAGUGAUAAAAGUGAUGGGACGAUGCAAAUUUUAUCUAAGUCAACUUGAAACUGCAGAUAGGUUUAACAUGUUUUAGCCUGCGUGAAGUGAGUAGCAGGACAAUCAGAGUUGGCCGAGUUUAGUUGUUAUUUGGUUUAAAUAUUAUUGCAAUUAAUUUUUUUCAACCACUAUCUUCAAAAAUGUAAAACCCACAAAACAUUGCAACUAAAUAGGCUAAAACAUGGCAAACCAAGUUUUACCUGUAAGCUAAUGGUUUUUAAAUGUUUUCCAACGUCCCUUGCUGUAUUCUGUAAUAGCAGAAGGCAGACUGUGUUGAACCACAAAACCAGUCGCUGGUUUUUGUGCUGUAUUUGCAAACUAGUGACUGGUUUCCAGGGGCUUGUCAAACCCAAUCAAAGGUUCUUGUUCCCCAGCUAGCCACUGCGCUGUGCUCGGUGGCUUAACAAGUGGAAGCCUGGAGGCAAUAAGCUGUCAGGAUUGUCAACUGCUGCAAUCAACUGUGCCCAAAUCCGUGGAAUGAUUUGUCCUCUUGUACCUCUGGUUCGGACUACCAGCCAAGAGAUGACUGUACUACUCUAUCCAGCCGCAAGUUCAGAAAUAGAUGAACAGAUUAGCAGAUAGACUGGCUGAGUGACAAAAACUGAACGAAUGGACUUUGGUAAAAAGUACGGUUAGUCACCUCUGUCGGUCAGAAAUACACAGACAAAACAAAGAGACAAGGACAUGUUGGUGUGGAAAUAGAGGCAAAGAGUUGCCUCUGUUUGUCUCUUUUGGUAUUUUUCUUCAGUGAAGAUAUCGAUGAACAGACUCGUAUGUUCAAAAGCCCAGUGGCUCCUUGGGACUUCCCAAACCACUGCUGCUGGGGACCCCCAAAAUAUAAACUUUAUAUGAACCGCACAAAUUUUGCACUAGUGUGUGUUUUUUUCUUUAUAUUCUUCUUUUUUUUUAUUUUAUUAUUUGUUUUGUUCCUUUAAUUUGAACUGGAUCAUGGAAGAAAAAAGACACAUUUCUUGGAUUUAAAUGAGUUUUCAAAAGGAGUCAUUCAAUAAGAAACAAAAAGGUCUUAUUCCAAAAACUUCUUUCUUUAAGAAAAUAUGACAAUAUGACUAAUAAAUACAGGGUUAGAGUGUGUUUGUAUAUACACAUUUAUAUUUCUCACUCCCUGUUAGCAGGCACCACAACAUGGUAUGCUGUUGAUUUUGUUGCCAUGACAACAUUAUGAUGGCCCACCAGAAAGUUGGACUACUAAGGAAGAAUGAUGAGAUCUGCCAUUUUUAGCUGUUGUUGAAAGCUUUUACUGUUGCUUCCAUAGAUCAAACAUAUUUAUAAGAAGAGCAUAUAGCCAUUCGUUUAUAAAAAUCUGUUUUAUACACUGACCUAUUAUUACUCUGAAAUUUCCUCACAUUGAAAUAUAGACACACUUCUCAGAAUGAAUUGGUAGAAGUCGACAGUAUUAGCUUCUAAAAGCAGCUUGCGACCAUUUCUCUAACCUUUAAAGGGUAAAUGUUCUUUUUUUACUCAUCUUGCAUACUUCCAACACCUUACAUUUCUGACAAACUCGGUCCUGUUUGAACACACCCAUAUAAAAGAGCACACAACGCAUGCCAUUGGUUUGAGAAGUGGUCUCAAAGCGGUUGUUUAUGGCAGGGUUCAAAGUGAUUAUUGAGAAAACAAUGUGCAAAUUUAUUCUUGGAAGUUAUUUCCCCCAAGUCCCCCUAUUUUAUUUAUUUUAUUUUUUUGUUUUGUUUGUUUUUGAAAAAUACCUCAUGUGCAAAGUGAGUAAUUCAAAUCCUGCCAGUCAAUGCUGGAAAAAACACUGCAACAAGUACACAAGCUUAUCAAGCCCCAAUUUUCCUGAUGAUGUGAGUCCAUGUUGCUGUAUUAUCCAUGUCUGCAGAAACAAAGAAUAUCCACCAGUUUCAAAUCACUUAGCAGGCUUAUUUCUCAUUGUGUCCUUUCAAAAUUGUAUAUCUGUUUUUCCCAAAAGAUGCUGCAUUUGGUUUAGAUAACAGAUGUAACUGCUUUCAAUGUGUGUCUUUCAUCAUCUUCUAGUGUUUUUCCUCUUUCACGUACAUCAGUCUGGGAUUAUCUUCAUGCAUCCAGCAUUUGUAUGAUUUCUACUAUUGCAAAUUACAUUUUUAUUUGCAUUUCCAUCAGUUAAAUAGCACAGUUUCAUAACAUUAAGUCUUAGUUCAUUCAUUCGAACAUUCAGUGUAACAAGAGGUAUACUAGAGUCGCUUCAUAAAAACUCAGUAAAGACCAGAAGAUUAAUGUUGAUGUUUCUUGCAAAGUUUAAUUGACCUAAAGUCAGCAUGAGGAGCUUGCCCUAAACUGUUCUAAGAGCAGCAGGAGUAAAUUACCAAACUAAAGGCGAUUUAGUCUCAUUUUCAUCCAGUUUAAUCAAAAAUUACUUCAUCUGAAAGCUGGGAAUAAAAUAUCCUGCUUCAAUGAAUGGUUAUUAUGUGUUUAAACAUGACUACAGCUUGUUAGGUUUCAGCCAUCCAUCAUCAACUUCUGGUUUUGGUGUCAGAGUGGUAGCACAGUGGUGCUAAAAUUCUUGUGGUAUUUUAGCAAGACAGAUGACACACAUUUGAAGUCGCAGUGCAGGAAUAAACAAGACAUCUGUAAACAACAGUGGAGCAUCUGCUCACAUGGUUAUGAGCCAGCUCUUUUUUAUUGCAAGAGUGCACUCUGUGCCUCGGUUCUAAUUGAUUUGAUUAAUUCAGAGUUGAUUUCCUAUGGAGUCAAGAGUGCAUAAUGGAGCCUGAAAAUUAGAGACUGUUUUCUACUAGUGUAAUAAAAGUCUAGUUUUUUAUAUAUAUAUAUAAUUACAGACAGUGAUCUGAUCUCCUAGAGUGCCUGAAAGAUCAAACUUAGGUUUUAGCAUGUUUAUUUGGACAUUUCACAACAUGACUUCACUAUAAAAGUAAAAUUUGGCAUUUUAGCUAUGCUCAAAAUUCAAAAUGUCUUUUGCACCAUAUGUUUAACUAUCAGCUGGAUUUUUCACUUCCUACACGUUAAAAUGCCCCUUGAAAACCAGUUUUAGAAAUUCAGAUGUCACGCACCAGUUAGACAUUUUAAAACACUUUUACUGACUACUUGUCUGAGAAAAUUAGCUCAGUCUUAGCUGAAAAUAACCAACCGUGCAUUUAAGCAUACUACGUAAAGGAUUGUGACUUUUUUAAGUAAAAAAAAAAAACAUGGAUUAAUUUGUAACUAGAUUUGGAUUGGAUGUUAAAUGUCACCAAAUACAAGAUGUAAACUGCUUAAAUCUGAAACAUACAAUGUUUAAUUACCUUUUUGAACAAAAUCAUAUUUUGCAUAAAAGGAUCCAUCCUUUAGGUGCCCAUUUAUAUUGGAGUUAAGACCCCGAUACACUCUUGACAACUCACUAUUUAAAUGUAGCUGGAUGUGAUACGUUUUGGAAAACCAUCUUCAGUGUACAUACAUCAAAUUCUGCUACUAGCUGCCAUUUUUUCACAUUCUAUGUCUCUAUUGCAAUUGCUCUAGAUCCUGCACCAUGAUUACUCGAAGACUCAGUCAAGAUGCUGAACCAAGCUAAAAGGUACCACUAUAAUAACACAAUGGUAUGGGUAGCACGGCAAGCCUUGUUUGCAUAUUUUCAAAGACCGAGCUGAAAUUUUGCAUUUGCAUACAGCACCGAGAUGCACAGUUCUCAUCACCAAAGAUGGUGAUUUUCAGGGUCAUCGUCGAGAUUCAUGGUGUCUUAUAAAUAUAUAAAUUUACUUAUCUGUACUUUUUAUUUUUGGUUCCAACAACUCAUAACUUGAAAAAUAAAUUUGAGAUUGUUUUUGCAUCUUACACCUGUAUAUAAUCCAGAUCCAAAUAUUUGUUGGAAGAGUCUUCAUUUAUUUGAGUUCAAUUGCAAUUAAGACCAGACAGGAAUUUGCGCAGGCUUAAAUUCGAGAACCUGCUAUCUUCAGCAAAGCUUUUAUCUGAUCAACUUCUAGUUCCUGAGGCAGUGAUAAUUUCGUUGUUUUCUUAUAUAAAAACUAUCUUCGGGUGAUGAAUGAACUUUUUCGGAUGAACAGGAAAAAUGUGUGCAACGGACAAAAGAACAAAUCACAGGCAGGACUAGAUGACAAAAGAACCAAUCAGAGACUGGAGCCGACCACUAUUUGAACAAGCUGCCAGUAAUAGUUGCAUAAUAUUUGUCUAAAAAGAUCAAAUGUUCAUGGCUGGGCAGAAAAGCAUUAAACAAGAAAAUCUGAAAUGUAUUUGCUUGGUGAGUACACAUUUGGAGCUUCCCCUGGUUUUAACGGUUUUACAGUUUUAGCAGCAAGCUUUGGAGCGGGAGGAGUAGAUUGCUGCAACUGAACCGAACAUGCGGAGCAGCGCAUCUGGUUGCUUUAUCGUGUUUCUUUUUGAGCCACUGCCACCGAUAUUAUCAGUCUUCGGUGUUCUAGCUGUGCUUUUGUGAGAAACAAGGUUCAGUCAGCCCACCUUGAUAAAAUAAUGCAGGGCAAACUAAUAAAUGCACCUGAAAACAAAUCUUACCUUAAGUUUACCUGCUUGCAUUAUUAGAGUACAAAUGUUCAUGUUUUGAUGGUAUGAUGUCAUUUCCUGUCAUGUUUGCAAAUAUUUCUACACAUUAUACAUAUUUGUUUACUUUAGUAAUAUCGAUAAACAGUUUAAAACCGUUGGUGUUUAUUUUGGUACAUUCCAAUAACUAACUAACUUAAUAAAGGGUUUUAUUGCCAUAUAUGUGAGAAAUCACAACAUUAGGGGCAGAAACUGCUCUUGUUGCGAGAGGUUCUGGUCCGAAUGGAUCUUAGUCAACGAGUCAAAGAGACCGUGUCCAGGGUGACACGGGUCAGCUGUUAUCUGACCAGCACGCUUCACCAUCCUGGAGAUAACUAUUGUUAUUAAAACUGUUAAAAGUCUAAAAUGUGAAAUUUUCUUAUUGUUUCACAAUUUCAAGCGGUGUAGUUAACAUUUCCGUCAUAGAGGAAAUAAACUAAAAUUCAAACAAUCAGACGACUAAAUCGUGACACAUUUUUAAAUAAUUAAAUAUAAAAUAUCUUGUCAAAUUUUUAACUUUAAUUUUCUCCUUUAAACAUCAAAUUUCUAAUUAAUUAUUACUUGGUAAGCUCACAGAAAAGGAACGGUGAAGGCUGUUUGCUUAUAGAAAGAGCAAACAUUGGAAUCAGAAAGAGGUACUGCUGUUUGUUUUGUGCUUUAAUCUCAACAUUUCAGGACCAACUUCUCAUGCUGCUUUAAAACAUCUGUAACUUAACUGGUCUGGAAUUUGAAUGAGCUUCUUCCUUCUUAAGUGCAGAGGAGGAAUAAUUGUCAUUCCAGCGCAUGGCUGCUAAAAAACACAAAGGCAUCACACAAAUUAGCGCUGCGUUCAUAAGUCGUACUGAGUGGAUUUGUUCUCAGUAAAACAUAUUUAUGUGCAGCAAAUAGUUUCUGCAUUUCAAUGUGUGCUAAAACAUUUUGGCUUCCUUUUUGAUGUCCCCCGUGACAAGGAGACAACUUGAAAAAUGGCAGGUCUUGAACAGAAAGUCGCUAUCAUCACUGUUGUUUCCGUUUUUUAACAUCACAAUGCCAACAUUUUUCUCCACCACCGCCAUCAUCAUCAUCAUCGUUAUCAUGUGCUGCUGAACUUGAAGUAGGUGCAAAAGAAAUAAAAAAAAAACUUUUUUGUACAGAAAUCUAUUUUUUAUGAAGAGAUUUGUAAAAAAGAAAACAAAUUAUUAAACAAGCUGUACUUUUUAUGAAUAACAAUGUAGGUACAAAUAAAAUCCUGUUCAUUAAAGUCAAUGUUUUUACUGUUAAACACCAUGUAAAGAUCUAUGGUUCAAAGUGAGUAUCGGAUAUAAAAAUUCCAAAAUGUCCUAAUCUUUUAAUUUGGGAUUUUUUUUGCCCCAUAAUGGCUGUUUUUACACAAGAACGGAGAACUCUCUGAAACCUGAAUUAACGUUACUCAAGAGAGAAACUUAUAUCCAAUUCACACCUGCAGGAAUAAAUAAAAUAAAAACACACCCCUCACCACUAGUUCAAGGGUUGGCAUAGUAAGUGUUUCCUUUGAACAUUAAAGCUUUUAAAAGGUUGUUGAAAAUGAUACAUGAUGAUGUAAUCAUACACAAAACAAUCUAGGUGUCAAAUGAAUUGCCAGAGUAUUAUUCACACAAAGCUAUUUCUUUCAAAUUGCUUUCAGAUUCUGCCUUUUCAGCUCCAUGAAAACCGCCAGAUGUUUAGUGUUUAAAAUGCCUCAAGUGUUUCGGGGUUGACAGUGAAACUAUCUUUAGAAGACGUUCUUGUGUAACAGCAGCCCUGUGUGGCUGAUAUGGCCCGCUAUAUCUCUGCAGGGGGCUGACUUUCAGGGUUGCAGAAGCAUUCUGACGAAUUGUUUCCUUUACAUCCCAAAAAUUUAACUUAAUUUCAACUAAAGAGAGAUUAGACAUCUGAAAUGUCAAUUUAGGCUCCAACAGUAGGCAGAAAUUCACAAGGAUUUUGAAGGCUCCUUUUUUUUUAUCUGGUAAAGCUAUGCUGGUACUUUGGGUUUUAGAUGGAUGGGAAAUUGCAUUUUUCUGUCCUUCAAUGAGCUCAUAAAAAAGAAAUAUAAUGAAGUAUUCUAAAGAGUCACAUAACAAUAUGUGAAUGCAGCCUCACAGCCUGCUGUUAAAGAGACACAGUUUAUCUAUUGGAUAUUUUGGAGAUAUUAUUUGAGAAUAAAGUUUUUUAUACAAUAA